AUGAACCCUAAAGUCAAUCCCUUCGUCGAGUGGUCGAUCGGCCAAACCGGUCCCAAUCAAUGGAUCAUUGGCUCCAAGGUGGUGUGCGAGAGUGUCCAACACCCAGAACCCAAGCCAGUCGAUGUCCUUGUCAGCUGGAUAGAUGGCAACAGGACCUUCUAUCUCCGCAGACGAACUCCUGAGGAUACAAAACGCAAGGGGAACACUGAGGCUAACAGAGUUGGCGUCCCUGGGGUUUCAUCCGCCGUGUGGUGUAUCGGAGAUCGCAUCUUCAAAGCUCAUGCUUGGUGCGGAGGCAUGGAGCUCGAGUCUGCCAACAUCCGCUUUGUCAAGGCCAAGGUGCCCAGCCUGCCUGUGCCGGAUAUCAUAUAUGAGGAGAUCGACCCUGGCUUCAACAGGAGCUUCCUGGUCACAACACGAAUCACAGGAAGAACCCUGGAAGAAAGAUGGCCGAAUCUAGGCCCUCAUAAGCGUGAACUGCUUGCCUCGGACGUUGCCUCGUAUAUCAACCGGCUGGCUAAGAAUACGUCCUCGAGCUUCAAGACGAUCUCGGGCUGUGGAGUGUUUGAGCCGCGCCUCCUACCGAAGCCCAAUGAAGAGCAUCGACCCUGGCUGCCAAGAUUGCUCGGCCCAUUCAAGGGGGAGUGUGACAUGCGAAACUACAUGAUGACGAUCUCGAACGAAUUUCCCCCGGAAAUCGGCCACGAGUUCCGUUUUUACCAUGCCGAGCUUGGCCCAAAAAAUAUCAUCCUCGCGAACAAUGAUGCUGUUGCCGGCAUCAUAAACUGGGAGUUUGCAGCGUACUACCCAAGUCUCUGGUUAAUAACCAAGCCCUUGCUCGGCUCUUUUGAUCUAGAAAGUGACCCGAACGACCCGAGAGGCUGGGCGAAUCUCUUGAGGGACAAAUUACAAGUGUCUAACUACACGGAGUAUAACUACACGGAGCAGGAGCGCAUAUAUAACCGUUGGGUCAAAGGCAUGCUUUGA